AUGAAGAUUGUCCUUAUCCUUCUAAUACUUUGUUUUUGCGUCAAUUUAAUAACAGCUUUUUCAUGGUUCAAUUUUGGAUCAGACGAAGAACCAAAACCAGUAACUAAAUCAGUGAAGAAUUAUCAUUCAACUGUUAACAGUGGAAAAACUAAAUUUUAUCAACAGAAUCAAUCAAGAAAUAAUGUUAGUUCGAAGAAUAACACAAAUCGUUCACCUUUACAACAAGCUCUAAUGCAACGACAGUAUCUUAAUCGCAAUAUUACUAAUAAUACACAAAAUGGUCAAAUAAUUUAUCCAUACGGUUCUAGAGGAAAUAUAUAUCAACAACAAAAUCGAUCUCUUAAUAAUCCUAUGAUGUUUCAUCAAGGUAAUCGUGUUAUGAAUAAGACAAAUAAUCGAAUUAUCAAUCCAAAAUUUCAUUCUUAUAUUCAAGGUGGUAAAAAUAAUAAUACUAUUCCCAAUAAUGGUAGUCGCCGUAUUCUUUUACAAGAUUCAUUAGUAAAAUCUGUUACCAACAAUUCAUCAAUACCUACAAAUAAGACUCAAAUAUUUCGAGCUCGUUCAACAGGAAUAGUUAGUAACCAUACUAAUCUAAGUCAACGACGUAUUCCCGCUAGAUUUAAUCAACAACAACGAUUGAAAAGCUUCAGUAGUACAACAUCUGUUCGUUCAAAUGUGAAAUCGGGUUUGAAACAACAAAAUGAACAGAAGAAUAUUCCAUCAAGAGUAUUGAAUUCAAAUGCUUCCGUACACAAUUCACCAUUAACAAUGAGAAAUACUACAUUACAUCAUUGA